AUGUGCCGACUGGUAGACGUUGAAGACAUCAAGAUUGUCGAAGGCGUCCAGCAAGCUGUCCAACUGCAGAUCGCUCCAUUUAAGCAACAAGUGGAAACUUUGACCAACAGCGACGCCGCCAAGACGCGACAAAUCACUGAUUUGACCAACAGCGACGCCGCCAAGACGCGACAAAUCACUGAUUUGCAGCAACAAGUGGAAACUUUGAUCGACAGCGACGCCGCCAUGACGCGACAAAUCGCUGAUUUGCAGCAACAAGUGGAAACUUUGAUCGACAGCGACGCCGCCAUGACGCGACAAAUCGCUGAUUUGCAGCAACAAGUGGAAACUUUGAUCGACAGCGACGCCGCCAAGGCUCAACAACUUACAACACUGCGGCAUGAUGUCAGAUCAUUGUAUGGUCGUCUCGACGAAUCGGCUCGACUUUACAGCGAACAGACUCAACGAACUACUUGA